CUGUUUUUGAUACUGCUUUGAUACACCUUACACCUGCCAUUAUGACGACCGCUCAUAGACCUACGUUCGACCCCGCAAGGGGAAAGGAGGCACAACGAGGCCCAGCAUAUCACCAGAGACUCCUACCAGCGCACACGCAACUCAAGCUCCGAAAACCAGGGCAAGGAGGAGAUGCAGAUCGCCAAGCUCGCGAUCUCCGCGCAGAAUUGCUCGAGGCUGAGGCGGCGCACUUCGCAAAGAUCAAGGGCGGACCGGCUCCAACCCCGGAGACUGCAGAGCCUUCUACGAAUCAGGCGAAGAGGCAGCUUGAGGAUGGCGGAAUGGGGGACGAGGAAGACCCCGAAGCUAAACGGAGGCGGAUACUAGAAGAGACGAGAGAUAUAGACGCCGAGUCUGAGGAUGAUGGGGAGGAUGAUAGUAGUGAAGAUGACAGUGACGACGAUGAGGACGAGACGGCGGAGCUACAACGCGAACUAGAGAAGAUCAAGCGGGAGAGGGCUGAGAGGAGAGAGCAAGAGGAACGCGAGAGGAUAGCGGCAGAAGAGGCUGCACGGGAGAAGGACAUUGCUCUUGGAAACCCCUUGCUGAACCCCAGGACCGACUUCAACGUCAAGCGCCGAUGGGACGACGACGUGGUGUUCAAGAACCAAGCCCGCGGGACCGAGGACAAGCGCAAGAAGGAGUUCGUCAAUGACCUCUUGCGAUCGGAUUUCCACAAACGCUUCAUGAGCAAAUAUGUGAGAUGACGAGUCAUGGGAGAUUGGUCAUUGGAGAAUGAAGACUGGGAGUUCUGGGUCCGGCUGGCUGGAGGGGUCGGCAAGUUAUUACCUACAUGGCGGAGGACGAUGAGCGGUCAGACCGCCUGGCUGCCACGGGGCCACCUUAUCUAUGCAAUUGUAUACAUAACAUGUGGCGUAUAAAGGAGUUUUAAGAAUUUGCAUAAUCACAGGCCCCAUCUUAAUUACUCCGU